AUGGGGUGGACGGUUUGGGGCUGCCCCUUCUUUCUCACCGAGCAGGUGCCGAAGCGUCAGCCCUUGGGGCCCUUCACCUUCCAGGUCCCCUUCAUGGAGAUGAGCUACCGGGAGGAGGAGCAGGUGGGGCACUUGGAGUUUCUGGUGAAGGAGGCGCCCAUAGAGGACGACGCCUUGGAUCAGCUGCUGGAGGAGCUGAGGCGAGUGCUUGUGAACCUCGCCCGGCGCCCGGAGAUGGUGCUAUUGCUCCGCACGGACGCGCGGAGGGCAUCUUCUAUGCCCGCCAUGCGCCACGUGCGGAAGUUCCUGAGCUUCAUCCAGAAGGAGGUGGGCACGGAGUGCGUGCUGGUGGGCCGGGGCAGCGCCAUUGUGCUGGUGCCAAGCACACUGCUGGGCCGUGCGGUGCUGCGCCUGGUGCAGUUUGUGCAGCGCAUGCUGCCGGCGCCCUAUCCCCAAGCCAUCGUGGCCAACCUGGCGCCGGCCUCGGAGCGAAAAGGUGCGAGCGGACGACGUCCCCCGGGCGGUUUGGUUGACGCGGGCUUGGGGCUCGUAGGCAACGGGUUCCCGGCCAUCAGUUUAGACUUUUGGCUGUUUGGGGUUUAA